ACAUGGCCAACGGUCGUCCGGAAGUUUCUGAUCUUCUGAAUGGCGUAAACAGAAGUCGUGUUAGUGUCGUGAGCCUUUCUAAUUCAUUCGAUGAUACGCUACAUCCCAUGGCAAGCUUUGAACAAGUUGAACGGGAUAUGAUGAGAAGAGAUGUGGAAUAUUCCCAUUCUGAUCGUUUGUCGUCUUUGGAAAGAUUGGAAAUAUUAUCUUCAAGAAGUAUUACGGGGGAUGAUAGUUCAUUUUCUAUAUUUGGUGGUUUCCUAUCAGAUGAACGAAAUAACCGAAGAUUGCAAACAGUUCUUAGCAAUCUUUCUUUAAACGCAUGUGGUUAUGGAGACGGUAUUUACCCUAGAAGAAUAAUUCCAGACCCAGUCAAUUUCCUCGGUCUCAAUCGCGCAAAUAGAAAAGAUUCGACAAACAGUGAUCGAAAAGUCGGUAGCGUGAUUCGUUCGAGGUGGUUCACUAGUUCGGUUGGGAACGGAGUGAAUGAGGAUGUGCCUGAUGUUGAUGUGGCACCUGUUGGCUUAACCAAGUCCUUCUGUGUGACUGCGUUUACCAUUCUUCGAGAGCUUUUUCGUAUAAAAGAAAAUGCCUCUUCUGCAGAAAAGUCUUCAGAGCAUGUGAAAGGAGAAGGUUCUCAUUCUGAAGCAGCAAUUGAUAAUCAAGAAAAUAGUGCAGCAAUGGAGGGUUUGGAAGAGAAUAUUGGAUCUAUGGAAGAAUCAAAUGAAGGGGAAAAUAUUAUUCUUUCGACAGAUGAUAAUAAUUAUAACUCUUUGGUUUCUUCUCUGUCGGAUCCAAAUAGGCCCAAUGAGAUGGAAGGAGUCGUUACUGAGACAAGGGAAGAACACUCGCAAGGUUUGGAAGAAGAUGGCACUUCUCAACUAUCGACUCGAAGGGAAUUAUCUACGACACCUCAGCUUCCAGGUGGUUUGACGGUUGAUGCACCUGCGAAUGAAGAUCCUGCCAUUAUUGAAGCAGCUAUUAGGAAUACGGGCAUUGACCCAACCUUUCUUGCAGCGCUUCCGGAAGAUGAACGUGCAGAAAUUUUAGCCUCACAUAUUGCACAGUUGGCUACUAGAAAUACAGCGAGUGAAGCUCAAACUAUGGAUGAAAAUGUCUCCUCACUGAAUGAAGAAUUUCUGGCAGCAUUGCCUCCCGAGAUUCGACGAGAAGUAGUGGAACAAGAAGCAGAAUAUCGACGCCGAAGAGAGAGAGAACAAGAAUUAGGUGCAGAGUCAUCGGCGGAAGGAAACUACAAUGGAAGCGAUCUUGAUAAUGCUUCAUUUUUAGCCACUUUGUCUCCUGCACUUAGAGAAGACAUACUUGCUACUGCAGAUGAGACCUUCCUUUCUACAUUACCACCUUCGAUGGUUGCAGAAGCCCGUAUGAUUCGUGAAAGGUCCUUUCGUCGUGGAAGACAUAUGUCUUCUUUAGAAGAACUUACGUCCGGUGGCAUCUCUGGUUCAAGACAGUCUUCAUCUUCUAAUAGGAACCGUUAUGGAGAACAUCGAGAGGGUUUAUUAAUUGCCCUUGCAAAAGGUGAUUCUAAUGUAGAGGAUCCUAGAGAAGGAUAUCCUGUUUUUUCUGUGGAUGCACUAUAUGCAUUGGUCAAUCUGUUUUUAAGGUCGAGCUCAGAAAUGAAACAAAAACUAUUUUACGUUAUUGUUAGCUCAUGUUCGCAUCGAGAUAUUCGUCAAAGACUUUCAAAGAUUCUGUUGUGUAUUUUGUCGCCUUCUCUAAUAGUGCAAGAUGGAAAUGAGAAUCCUGAACAAUAUUUGGCUCCGGAUAUUCGACAAUCGAUGCAGUCGGACCCGGUGUAUUAUACAAAGAUUGUAUUGGACUUAUUAACGGGAUUGGUUAGUAGAGAUGAUAGAAUGGCUUCCUGUUUUCUUCAAUGUUGUGGAAAGGAAGCUUCUUCUCAACCCGUCUUUGUAGCGUUGGUGAAUCUUUUGACCAGCCCUUUCUUUCAGGAAAAUAUCACUUUAGCUCAAAACUUGGUAUCUUUACUGAAUACCGUUAUCUAUCAUGCUCCGUUUUUGUUGGGUUCGAAGAAAGUGGAACAAACCCCUUUGACUGAAAAUGACUCUGCUUCGGAAGACUCUGAUCGAUCCUCUCCAAGUAGAACAUCGGAGCAACCAAGUCAUGAAACUACCAAUGUGUCACAGAGCAAUCCUAGUAAUGAUAAGAUGACUGACACAGUUACAGAUUACUUAUCAAGUCUGGACUUUUGUGUGAGUCCACAAGUCAUGUCUCAGUUAAUACAAUUGUUUCCUCCCGACACAUUUACAGAAAAGAUGUUUCAUCGAGUCUUUGUUCUGAUCGAAGUAUUAUGUAAGUGGUCCAAAACCAAUCAAAUGAAUGCAUUGGAUACCCUGUCAUUAGCAACUUGUGACUUGGGAAAAAUGGUUACCAAUCGGUUGAGGCAAAUAGUAAACAACAUAGAAAAGCGAAUGGAAGAUGACAAGAAAAUAGAUGAUAUUUUGGAAGAGUUUGCAGAUUCUAGAAGCACUGAGGAACUACAACUCGUUCGAAUUGUCCGUAGUUUUUCUAGUCUAAUCCGUCAACUUAAAGAGGAAAAGGAGACAGCUAAGAGAGCUGAAGAAGCAAAAGUACAUUUGCUGAGGGAAUUGAAGCCAUUGUGGGAUGCAUUGAGUGAUAUGCUCAAAUAUUUGGAAGCAUCUUUUUCGGAUGGAAGAUCGCAAACAAAGCUAGCAGCGAAACAGCAGAAGAACAAUCUGUUAGAAGUUGUAAAGACUUUGAGAGAAAACCGUUCAGGACGUCACAAUUUGCAACCUUCUUUAGCUCGUAUUUGGCCAGUGAUGGAAACCUUUCUCAUUGCACAUGAUGAUGUUAAGGAAGACAAAGGAGAGCCAACUCCAUCUGCAGAUUUGUAUGAUGGAAAGAAGCGUUCAGCUGAAGAAGUGGAAUUGAUGAAGUUUCUGGAGCAACAUCAGGAAUCAUUCAAUGGAAUUCUUCGAACGAAGCCCAUGUUACUUGAAAGAAACUUUCGAGCAGCGCUCCAAUUUCCGCAGUUUAUUGACUUUGAUAAUAAGAAAGCCUACUUUCGUAGUCUGUUGAAGAAGAAGUAUUCUUCCAAUCGGUCUUCCAUUCGUAUUCAUGUGAGACGUGAACAAGUGUUCGAAGAUAGUUAUCAUCAAUUAAGGCUUCGAACACCGGAAGAAAUGAGAGGUCAACUUCACGUUCAGUUUGUGGGUGAAGAGGGUAUCGAUGCAGGCGGUGUGACAAGAGAAUGGUAUACUAUUCUGGCGAGGAAGAUAUUCGACCUCAAUUAUGCGUUGUUUAUCAAGUCGGCUGGAAAGAGUUCCACUUUUCAACCCAACCCUUUGUCUUAUGUGAACGAAGAUCAUUUGGGUUUCUUCAAAUUUGUUGGAAGAAUCAUUGGAAAAGCAAUAUUUGAUGGUCAAAUAUUGGAUGCUUACUUUACUCGUUCAUUUUAUAAACAUAUGUUGGGUAUCAAACCUAACUAUCAUGACCUCGAAGCAUUGGAUCCCGAUUACUACAAAUCAUUACAGUGGAUAUUGGAAAAUGAUAUUACUGGACUACUGGACCUCACAAUGAGUGCUGAAAUUGACGAAUUUGGCACCACAAAAGUGGUUGACUUAAUACCCAAUGGAAGAUACAUCCCAGUAACUGAAGAAAACAAAGUGGAAUAUGUGAAACUGGUGACUGAUCUGAGAAUGACGAGAUCCAUACAACAUCAAAUCAAUUCCUUUUUGGAAGGAUUUCAUGAACUGAUUGCACAGGAAGAUAUUCGAGUGUUUAAUGAAAUAGAACUUGAAUUGUUGAUGAGUGGCUUACCCGAUAUCGACAUUGCAGACUUGAAAGCAAAUAUUGAAUAUUCAGGGUAUACUGCAUCUAGUCCACAAAUACAAUGGUUCUGGCAAGCUGUAUCGGAAAUGAGUAAAGAAGACCAUGCAAGACUUAUUAUGUUCAUAACUGGAACAAGUAAAGUUCCUUUGGAAGGCUUCGGAGCUUUACAAGGAAUGGAUGGUCCACAAAGAUUACAAAUUCAUCGAGUACCUGGAGACUCUCUUCGAUUACCUUCGAGUCAUACUUGUUUUAAUCAUUUGGACUUGCCAGAAUAUGAUAGCUAUGAAAAGUUAAAGGAACGUCUGUUGACUGCCAUACGUGAAGGUGGUGAAGGUUUUGGUUUUGGAUAAAACCAACAUUUGCAACUAGUUGCGACAUUUUACUAGAUAUUCAAUAUGUUUGCAAGUAAUUUUUAACUGCGGUUGGUAGUUGUGUGGUACUUGUUUCACUAUCUUCUUGUGUUGUCAAUCGCGUUUCAAGUGUACCACUCGUAUCACCAUAUCGCUUUUUCAAGUCUUCCAAAUAAAAACUGGACUCGAGACUUUUCUUCGUUUGGUUGUUGACUUGUUGUUUCCUUUCACUCGGUUCAGACUCCAACGAACGUCGUCCAACAGAUAGUUCCUUAGACUUUGUCUCCUUAUCUAUUGGUUCCUUUGCCUGUUGAAAAUCUUCCCUUUUUCUUUUUUUUAAAGUUUGCGAAUCUUCCGGAAACAUCUCGUUCAACUGCUUCUCUACUUCUCUCUGUACAAUAACCGGAAUUCUUGGCAACACCACGUCAAAAAACUUUGGUUUGGACAACAACUCUCUCACAAACUUUCCAAUACUAGUCGGUUGCGAGUUGUAU